AUGUCAAAUAACAUCCAUGUGGGGCGAAGGGGCGAAAACAGCAGCAACAACAACAUUUCUGCCUCGCUUGUGAGGGCGACCAUCAGGGCGGUCAGCAAAAGGAAGCUGCAACCGAUCCGGGCGUCUCUCACUCUGACACCCUCUGCUGUAAGUAAAGUAAAACAGCUUCUAGCAGACAAACCAGACCAUAUUGGCCUAAAAGUAGGAGUUCGUACAAGGGGCUGCAAUGGCAUGUCUUAUUACCAAGAAUAUGCAAAAUGUAAGGGAGCAUUAGAUGAAGAAGUAGUGCAAGAUGGAGUAAAAGUGUUCGUAGAGAAGAAAGCACAGCUGACUCUUUUAGGAACUGAAAUGGACUAUGUAGAAGAUAAACUCUCUAGUGAGUUCAUCUUUAAUAACCCCAACAUUAGAGGAACCUCUGGCUGUGGAGAAAGCUUCAACAUUUGA